UCUCAACACACACUAAGUGUGGUGGGGAAUGAAAGAAAGAAAAAAGGAAGCAUAAAGUUCAAGUAUGGACCAGCUAGAACAACACACCAAAUCAGAUCCCCUACAAGAAUAUACAGGCUUUUUAUCGACCGAGUCUCUGGACUAUUUCAGCUAUAAUGACAAGGAAAUUUCUUGCCCUGAUGACUCUGUGGUAACCAAGACACAUCAUCUUUCUAUGAAGGUGAAGGAGAACCAAUUAUUGGCGAGGAAUUGGAAAGAAGAUGAUGAAGAGAUCAUAAAAAUUCGGCACGAGCUGGAGUUGGAUGUGGAGAGAGACUUGGAAGAAGAAAUUAAGGAUGGAAUUUACCAUCUCGCUCUCCGUUUGCAUAGGCUUCAUCAGCACCGAAAGGAGAGGACUAAAAGAGAAUCAGAAAAUAAUAUUGGAGGGAGAUUUGCAAAGGAAGAGACAUAUUCCGAGGUGAAUAUUAACAUAAAAAUGGAAGGAGGGACCAAGAUCGAAAUAAAAGAGACUAAGAAAAAUGACAAUAAGAUUACAACAAGGCCUACAAGUAUUUCAUUUAAUAACAAUAGUUCAAGAACAUCAUCGUCAUUAGUAUCAAAGAAAGCAAAAACGAUUGAUUGGGUUAAUAGUCUCCGCUCAGGUUCUGGUCCGGUCAUCAUGACUAAGAAAAUACAUGGAAACCAAGCUAGUAUGAUCAGUAGCGACGGUGGCGGCUACGGCGGUCCCCGCCACCGGCUGCAAAGAGGGGCAAUCAGCGUGAAUAACGACCAAGAACUACUGGAUUUGGGUUGGAAAUUUUAAGGUUAAGUUUAUAUAUAUACUAGUUAUUAGCAAUUGCCAUGCAAGUUUGUUAAUUUAUUAAAUUUGUAAUAUUGUAAUAUAAAUUUUAAAUAAAUAAAUAAAUAAAUAAUAUUAUAUAUA